UUUAAAGAUCAUUCCCACUCACAUGGUUUUUCUAUUUUUGCAGAAUUCUCAUUUAGAAGAAUAUUAGAAGAGUACGAGGCAAUUUUUUAAAAUGACAGAAAUUUCUUCAUUUUCUUUGAAAUCCGAACUUUUCUUGAUUGGUGGAUAAAAAUUGUCUAACUCAAUAUAAAAUUGGGAUAAUCCAUUUAAUAAUCCAUUUAACGCCAGGAUAAAAUUGUGAUAAAUGGACAGAAGUGCAGCGUGUCGGAAAGUUUCUUUUGGGAAGAAAAAAGGAGAGAGAGAGUGAAAGAGAGACAAGAGGAGGAUUAUUUUUUUCUCUCAUUUUAGUGGUAUAAUGCCGAUUGCAAAGGAAAUUCUCCUGAGAGAGAAUGGUGCAGAAGUUUCGAUCGAUAUUGUCUUCGGACACGAGAGAUGCCAACAAAAGAGGUUCGCUGUGAAAGCGUAUUUAAUAGAGUUCCAUGUUGAAUUGUGUAUAAAUGUGGGUCUCUAUGAACGAUAUAUCAGAUAUAUUUCCUGCUCUUUACACCUAUUGCUUCAACCGCGAAUGCUCAUGGAGAUGAGAAAGAGAGAAAGCAUAUUUCUAGUCACUUCUCGCGAGGGGUUGCUUUUUAUUGGGAAAGGUUUUGCUUUCCACGAGACAACGAUAAAAGCAGGUGGGAUGCGCUUUUGGCCCGGCACGAGGUGGAUAAUUAUUGCGUCAUAAAUCAUUAUUAUCGCAUUGGGAACCGACUGUGGCUAACGCUACAAAUUUUCAACUUAAAGUUUCUCACUUUAUCUUCAUGAUAUAACUUUUAUUGCACUCACUUAUUUGCUAUUCUCAAAGAAAUAAAAAAAAGAAAGAAGAAAAUAAACGAUAUAUCUGACUCGGCAUCAUUGCACACUGCUUGUGUAAUUAAAAAAUAAGGACGAGUUUGACCUAUUUUACAGUCGGGAAAACAAAAAGCGACGCAAGCGAUAUUGAUAAAAAAAGGAAGAGAAGAAGAAGAAAAAAAGUUGCAUCUUCAUUAAGUUCUAACAAUAAUGUGACAGGGAAAAUCUUUUUAUUGUUACUGAAAGAA